AGAGUAUGUGCACAGGAAUAAAUCGAUUCUUAUUAUCUAACAAACAAAAUAACUGCAUGAAUUUACCAUCAUCAAAGCUUUAUCAUUAACACAACACUAUCGAUCGAGUCAUUGAAGCUCUGCCGCUGUUUUGUUUUGAAGAGCUGAACCGGAAGCGUCAGUCACGCAGUAGAAGUGAAAGAGACGUGGAGUUCAGACACUUCGAGGUGGUGUGGACACAAAACACCAUGAACAGCCUGUAGUGGCACCUGCUAUGGAUCUCUACUGGGACCUGUGGACUGAUCUUCCCCUGCCAGAGGUGUGUUUCGCUCUGAACAUGGCGCUGGGACAUGUUGUAGCUGUGUGAAGACUCCAGCCGAUCCUCGUUCAUCGAUCGUCAGAAGGGGGGCAAACGUCAGAUUUAGCUGGAAACCUGAUCUGAUCUGUCGGACACAGACGAGCCAAUAUGCCGGGAAACACGGCACCGGUGCCGGUCCAGCCGCUGGUCAUCAACUGCCUCAUGUCCGUCCUCGGCUGUUUGGCCACAAUGAAACUCAUCCCUGCGUUCAAAGACCACUUCAUCUCAGCUAGGUUGUUCGGAAUGGACAUGAACAAAACAUCCAAAAAGCAAGUCCCAGAGUCUCAAGGAGUCAUCAGUGGGACAGUUUUCCUCAUCAUCCUCUUCUGCUUCAUCCCAGUGCCUUUCCUCAGCUGCUUUGUGGGAGACCAGUGCAUGGGCUUCCCUCAUGAUGAGUUUGUGCAGCUGAUUGGUGCACUGCUGGCCAUCUGCUGCAUGAUCUUCCUGGGCUUCGCCGACGACGUGCUGAACCUGCGCUGGAGACACAAGCUCCUGCUCCCCACCAUGGCCUCGCUGCCGCUGCUCAUGGUCUAUUUCACCAACUUUGGCAACACGGUCAUCGUGGUGCCCAAGCCCUUCAGAUCCCUGCUUGGCCUGCACUUGGAUCUGGGUAUUCUCUACUAUGUCUACAUGGGGAUGCUCGCAGUAUUCUGCACAAAUGCCAUCAACAUCCUGGCAGGGAUCAACGGCAUCGAGUCAGGCCAAGCCCUGUUCAUCUCCGGCUCCAUCAUCGUCUUCAACCUGCUGGAGCUCAAUGGAGAUUACCGUGAUGACCACGUUUUCUCCCUCUACUUCAUGAUACCAUUCUUCUUCACCACACUAGCACUUUUUUACCACAACUGGUACCCCUCAUCUGUGUUUGUGGGAGACACUUUCUGCUACUUUGCCGGGAUGACUUUUGCUGUAGUUGGCAUAUUGGGACACUUCAGCAAAACAAUGUUGCUGUUCUUCAUUCCUCAAGUGGUAAACUUUGUCUACUCCCUGCCUCAGCUUUUCCACAUCAUCCCCUGUCCCAGACACCGGCUCCCGAGACUGAAUCCAGACACAGGCAAGCUGGGGAUGAGCUACUCUAAAUUCAAAAGAAAGGACCUUUCUAGUUUAGGUCACCUCAUAUUAAAGGUGGCAGAGUUAUUGAAGCUGCUCGAGGUGCAAAGAGCUCAGGAGGGAGACGACGACUUUAUUGAGUGCAACAACAUGACUUUAAUAAAUCUGGUUCUGAAAUUACUCGGCCCCAUCCAUGAGAGAAAUCUCACAGUCAUCAUGCUCACCAUCCAGGUGAUUGGCAGCGUAGUGGCUUUUGGGAUCCGUUAUCAUCUGGUGCGUCUCUUCUAUGAUGUCUAGACGGCUCUGCUGGAAACACGAGCAAAUUCUGUCUGAGAAAAUAGUUUUUGAACUAUUUUACAGGCUUAUCUGCCUUUUUUUUAUAGGUUCACUUGUACCUUGCUUUUACUCUGCCUCAGAUCGACCUGCAGUAGUGACUCCAGGUGCAAGGUUCAGAGCUGUAUUUCACUUUGCCAGGACAUUUUCACAUAAAAGCAUAAACAGCAUCAACCAACAGCUCUACUGUUCGUCAUCCUCCUUUGAGUUUCACUGAUUACAAGCAUGAAAAUGUGUCUGGAAUCUGAAUUGUCUUUAAUGCGCUCCCUGAAAGUAUAUUUUUUGUACUGGGUUUUUUAGAGGACAGAACAGUCAAUGUGGAAGAGUUUUGGAACUCAGGGCAGACUAUGGAGCCAUAAUUGCUCUUUGAAGAUUUAAAUAAGAACUAAACAUGGUGGUCCAUUGCUUGAAUGUGCUGUUGAAGAAAACAUGGCAUCAGGAAAAUGUACAGAUUCGCACUUCAUUUUGCAUGACGAUCAAUCCAUGCAACAAAGUUAGUGGGAAAGUUGGAAAUAUUUUUGAUUGUUUGAGUUUUUACCUCCGAACAAAUGCACACAGAAUGGUGAUUGUGAAGAAACGUAGUGAGAAGAUAAGACUGUAGGAGUCUGAUGCGGGUGGAGGUGGGUAAACAAAAUGGAACAGUAGAACAGAUAAAUGAGAUUAUUAUUGCUUGUUUGUUGUAAAUGACAAAAUAAUGGAAGGUGAAGGAUGUCAGUACUACAAUAGUUAGAAUUGAUUGAUUUCAACCUUUUUUUUUAAAUUUUAUUUGGUACAUCACUGUAUUUUUAUGACUGAUAUGCAUUCGAUCCCCCAAAGGCUCAACAAACACCAAUGUGAAGUCAACUGGCACUGGACUGUUUUGUUUAGGGAUGUAACUCAAUGUGAGAAUCUGUUUACUGUCGAGACGCAAGGCUCAAAUUCAGAAAUAAAACAAAAGAAAUGAAAUUCAA